AUGCCGGGAAGGGUAGUCCACCACGAGGCCCGCCUGGGCCUAGCCCGGGGGGGCUCCCCGGGGGUAGCGGGGUUACCGGGCCGGGACCGGGUGCGCGUCCCCGUCCCCCCCCCACCUCAGCAAGCCGUUCCAGCGUUCCCGUGCCGACGGGCCGGGAGGGGGAUGCAGGAAGGCGCCAGGAAUGAGGAGGUAAAAACCUGGCAGUUGAAGCAUUUUGGUGGGGGGAAAGGGGCCGGCAGCGCUCCCGAAAUCUCGCCGCCGCGCUCGACUGUGACGGUGAAGGAGGCCGAUGUCCACCAGCAGAACCCCCCCAAGUUCGACAAGAUCGAGGACAUGGCCAUGCUGACCUUCCUCCAUGAGCCUGCUGUCCUCUACAACCUCAAGGAGCGCUACGCUGCCUGGAUGAUCUACACCUACUCAGGGCUCUUCUGCGUGACUGUCAACCCCUACAAGUGGUUGCCUGUCUACAACGCCGAGGUGGUGGCUGCCUACCGGGGCAAGAAGCGGAGUGAAGCUCCGCCCCACAUCUUCUCCAUCUCCGACAAUGCCUACCAGAACAUGCUGACAGACCGUGAGAACCAGUCCAUCCUCAUCACCGGAGAAUCCGGGGCGGGGAAGACAGUCAACACCAAGAGGGUCAUCCAAUACUUCGCCAGCAUCGCUGCCCUCGGCGACCGCAAGAAGGAUGCCACCAAUAGCAGCAAGGGCACCCUGGAGGAUCAAAUCAUCCAGGCCAACCCUGCCUUGGAGGCCUUCGGCAACGCCAAAACCAACCGCAACGACAACUCCAGCCGCUUCGGCAAGUACAUGGACAUCAACUGACUUGGCGCCCCCACGGGCGGCCCCAUCCACAACUACCUCCUGGAGAAGUCUCGAAUCCUCCAGCAGCAGCCGGGAGAGAGGAAUUUCCACGCCUUCUACCAACACCCUUGGGUGCCCACCACCCUGUCCUGUUCCCAGGCCAUCUACGAGCGUCUCUUCUGCUGGAUCGUGGGACGCAUCAACGCCAGCAUUGCCGCCCGCGGCUACGACGCCCGUCUGCACGGCAAGAGCACCGUCAUCGGCGUCCUCGACAUCUACGGCUUCGAGAUCUUCGACACCAACAGCUUCGAGCAGUUCUGCAUCAACUACUGCAACGAGAAGCUGCAGCAGCUCUUCAUCGAGCUGAUCCUGCGGCAGGAGCAGGCCGAGUACCAGCGGGAGGGCAUCGCCUGGCAGAGCAUCGAGUACUUCAGCAACGAGCCCAUCGUGGAGCUGGGGGAGCAGCCGCACCGCGGCAUCCGCGCUCUCGGCCGCCACCCCCACUACACCAGCCGCAAGCUCUGCCCCACAGAUAAGACCAUGGAGUUCAACCGGGACUUCCGCAUCAAGCACUACGCUGGAGAUGUCACCUGGGGGGUUGGUGGCACAGCCAUGGGGUGGGAGCAGGGCACCCGAUGCCGCCAGCCCCACGGCAACACUGUCCCCAGCGCGGACCCCGUCCUGCGUGCCAUGUGGCCCGACGGCGAGCAGAGCAUCACCGAGGUCACCAAGCGCCCGCUGACCACCGGCACGCUCUUCAAGAACUCCAUGGUGGCGCUGGUGGAGAACCUCGCCUCCAAGGAGCCCUACUACGUGCGCUGCAUCAAACCCAACGACCAGAAGUCGCCGACGGUUUGACUAGAUGACCCACAGAGGUCCCUUCCACCCCCCAACAUUCUGUGAUUCUGUGGGACCCCGCUGGCACGCCCCUCACCCCACUUUGUCCCCAGGUACAAGAUGACCUGCGAGUACACGUGGCCCAACCACCUGAUGGCCAGCGACCGCGAGGCCACGCAAGCCCUCCUGGAGCAGCACGGCUUCCAGGACGACGUGGCUUACGGCCACACCAAGGUCUUCAUCCGCACGCCCCGCACCCUCUUCUGCCUCCAUGCCGCCUACGGAUGA